AUGAUGUUAUUCUGGGUUGUCAAAGACUGCGGUGACUACAACAGAGUUAAGGAGCUUGCUCAAGGAAGCGUGCGGAAUAUGAGGCCACUUACGGACCCAUUGACCAUAUUCGACGUUAAUGCAUUGCGACCGGGGAGGAUGGGCUCGGCUGAGGACGUCCAGUUGAGAAUAAUAUUGUGGCGCGCGGUAGCGUUCGCUGUCAGCAACGAUGAGGAUUGUGCGAAAGAAGGGGAAAAUUACGAAGGCGCUGUUGGUUUGAGGAAAGUCUUCGCUGAGGCCGAUGGGGUGAAUAUUGUCCUACGAUAUGUACAGCGUUUGGUGGGAGAACGCCACAGUAGAAGUGGCAGUGUUGAUACUCAGCAGCAUUACGCGAAGUUGUUUAGUAAAUCGCUUAACACCUUGAUGCUUGGGUUAGAGUUCUGUAAGGCGAGUGUGACUGAGGAGAAUACCGAACUUAGUACCGCAGCUGUACCGAUCCUUUGUGGAAUCAUCGCGAUGGAUGGUGACACGGAGAUGAGACACGGUGAGAAUCUUCUAUUCUGA